AUGGUCACGAUUGCUAGUCAGCCCACUUUAAUCGACAAUGUACCAGUUCCAGUCACGGACGAAGGCCCCUUUCCACGAACCCCAGAUAGCAACUGGUGGUGGGAAGUAGUGGGUGGCCACCUUGAGGUCCUGCUGUCCGCCGCUGAUUACUCCGACCUCGACCAGCUCAAAGCCCUCAGCUUCUUUUACCGAUGGGUGACUCCUCGCCUAGGUCCGAAGCCGAUCAGCCCUGAGGCCAUUUGGAAGAGUUUCAUGACCGACGACCACUCUCCCAUCGAGUACUCCUGGAAAUGGGGCUUCGGCGAUAGCGCGCCCGAGGUUCGCUACAGCAUCGAGCCCAUCGGCCACCGCGCCGGGGAGGCCUUGGAUCCACUCAACAAGAACGCUACCUCGGACUUCCUCGCUCAGUUAUGUAGAAGCGGCCAGAUCGGCAUCGAUCUCGAAUGGUUCGUCCACUUCAAGCAUGCUCUUCUGGGCCCUGGUACCCCCGCCUCCGAAGCUGGGGUUACGAGGCAGUCCACCCUCUUCGUAGCUUUUGAGAUGACGGGUGGUUCUCUGGGCGUCAAAGCCUAUUUCAUCCCUGUGGAUGCCCACGGGAACAGCGCCGGCGACCAGAUCUCAAAGGCCAUUGUCUCCACUGGUUACCCCAAUCUCGCGGCCAUGAACCAGCUGAACAGCUUCCUCCGUGACGAUGUCUACGGUCGGACUGUCAAGCCCUUCAUGCUGGGUAUCGACUGCGUUAGUCCUGCCGAUUCCCGUCUGAAGGUGUACUCGCGGUCCCUUGUCACCAAUUUUGAGCUCGUCCGCCGCGUUAUGUCCAUCGGUGGCCGACGCAAGGACGUUAUGGAAGCCGAGAAGCAGCUCCAUACGCUCUGGAAGUUGAUCUUAAACCUGCCUGACGACUUCCCUACAGACAGAGAGCUCCCCUACAACCCGCACGAGACGGCAGGCUUGCUCUUCUACUUUGAUGUAGCACCAAGGUCUCAACUCCCCGAUGUUAAAGUCUACAUUCCUGUGAGACACUACGCUCCUAGCGAUGAUGUAGCUGCCCGUGGCUUGGUCCAAUACCUCAAGAGCCAGAACCAAGGCGCCUACGCGCAGCAAUACCUAGAGACGCUCAGGGCGCUUGCGAAGAAAGAUGACAUGAGUACCUCGAAUGGGCUACAAACAUACAUCUCCUGUGCCUACAAGAAGAGCGCACUCGUCGUAACGUCUUAUUUGAACCCACAAUGUUACCACCCAUCUUGGUUUGCAGCACCGUAA